GUUUGGCGCGUCACAAUGACGUCAGCGCGGCGCGGGGCGGGGGCGGCGCUCGGGGAUGUCCUACAAGCCCAUCGCUCCCGCGCCCGUCCCCGCCGGAGCCGCCAGCGCCAGCCCCGCCCCCACGGGGCCCGGGGCUCUGUCUGCCGCCACGAGUGUCCCAUCGCCUUCCGGUUCGGUCCCCGGUGCUGCUGCACCGUUCCGACCGCUCUUCAAUGACUUCGGCCCACCAUCCAUGGGCUACGUGCAGGCAAUGAAGCCCCCCGGGGCUCAGGGGUCGCAGAGCACCUACACCGACCUGCUCUCCGUCAUCGAGGAGAUGGGGAAGGAGAUCCGACCCACCUAUGCCGGCAGCAAGAGUGCCAUGGAGCGGCUGAAGCGGGGAAUCAUCCACGCCCGGGCACUGGUCAGGGAGUGCCUGGCAGAGACAGAGCGCAACGCCCGCACGUAACAGCUGCUGUCACCCGGGACCCCCCUAAAACCCCCGGGUCCCCUGGUGUCCCUGCCGUGCUGGCGGCGGGGGGACCACCAUGCUGCCCACGCUCUCCCUUGCUUUAGAAAUCCCUGUUUUUAUAAAUAAAGAAGGUGGUUGGGAGUCUGCCCCCAGCC